AAUCUUUGGCCUUUGCGUGGCGCUUAGCAGACGGCAAUUGUUCUGGUGCACGAUGUUUUGUGUGUAAACAAAUUGGUGAUAACACAUCACUCGAUGAUUCAGGGUUCAGUAUGUAAAGAGGGUACAGGAAAUAUUUUGCUGUUAAUUUAGCUUUGCACGCUGACCGAGGAAAAAUAUCAGUUCGCUAUUGUAGUAGUGUAUAGGUGAUUUGUAAAAUUCCCGCUAAAAGUGUUUGUGUAGUGGUUUUAUCUAGAAAAUAAUGAGAAUGUGACGGGAAACAGACUUAUAGUAGGACGUUAUACUGAAGUGAGAAUGGGGAGGAAGAGGAUAAGGGCGAGGAAGCGUACAGGCCGGAAAGGAUUUAACCCUGUCAGCGCUAAUUUUAACCAGCAACCGAAACAGCAGACAUAUUUUAAGCGGAAACCACAGCAUUAUGUGAGUAGUACUCAGCAACUGGCAUCAGAGUCGGAUCACACAUUGUCUGGAAGUACAACUACCCUGAAGAAUGAAGUGCUAAAUGUGAAACAUACAAAUGAAGCAAUAGUUGUGGACCUUACUAAAGAAGUGACAGAAGUGGAGAGUACAAAUGAAGUCAUUGAGGUGAACACUACGAAUGCAGCAGAGCUACUCGAUACACAACCCCAUAUUCUGUCAGAUACCUCACCUGAUCUCUGGCAUAAAGUUACCGUGAAACCAGCAGGAGGUGACAGAGUAGCUGUUCUCUAUGCCAUCAACAGGCAAAUUUCUCCACAGAUGCUCAUUCCAUAUUUCUUUUGUAUGGAGGAUGGACAUAUAACGUUCUUAGUGAAAAACUGCAGUGCUGCCCUCACAGUAUUGUUCAAACAGAACCUUAAAGUGCAAUAUGGUCUUACUAAGAUUGAAUUGAAAGUCGAGCUUCGUGCCAAGAAAGUGAACCUCUCUGCAAUUCUGCAGAAAAUUAUCAGUGAAAGGCUCAGCUCUGACGGGACUUUCUUAGACCUGUCACACCUGACUAGCAUUCCUGAAUUCCAACAAGUGAUGUACGACCCAUCAGAAAACGUCCAUUUGCAGCAGCAGUUGCUGAAAACAGGAGAAAUGUUCCCGAACGUCGUUAGUCUCAGUCUUGCAGGAAAUGGGCUGUUCACACUGAGCCAUCUCGCCACUGUCUUUGCCGAUAAACUGAAGUGGUGCUCACUAAAAGUAUUAGAUCUGACUGACAACAAGAUUACAUCAACUUCUGAUCUGGCGAUCUUCAGUUCUAUACCUAUCAGAGAAUUGUAUUUGAACAAAAAUCCUGUGUGCGGGAGACACAGAAACGAUGAGACCUACAUAAGUGUCAUCAGAAUGAACUUCCCUCGUCUGAUUAAAUUGGAUGGGGCUUACCUUCAACGCACUCCGGGCUUACCUCGGUGGCGGCCAAAUUACAUUUUCUGUAGGAGCGGGGGCAACUCGGGUGAGCUCGCCGACCAGUUUCUUGACCACUUUUUCACACUGUAUGAUGGUGAGGAUCGGACUUGGCUGUGGGAACUCUACCACAAGGAUGCCUACUUCUCACUCUCUAGCAUGUACCUUCCUGGUCAGAGCACAUCACACGAUGCAAGGCUGAGCUCAUAUAUAGCAGAGUGCCGUGACCUCUUGCACACUUCUGCCAAACUGAGGUCAAAGACUACACUGGCCCAUGGGGCGGAGAAGGUCAUCAUGAGAUUAGAGAAGCUGCCUAGGACUCAACAUGACCCGUACUCCUUCACUGUAGAUCUUCUACAUGAUUCUGACAAAAGUACUAUAUUGACUGUUACGGGUGUGUUCAAAGAGCAAAAUCCAAAACAGAAGACAUCGCCUCGACAUUUUAUGCGCACCUUUGUCCUGGUCAGACGACCAAGUGGUGAAUACCAGAUAGCUAAUGACAUCAUGUAUGUUACAAAUGCAACAACAGAUGAGGCGGAGGAUGCAUUUCGAUUCACAAAGCCACAUACAAACCUAAAGAAAAUCAGACCACCGAGGGAAGUAACAGAGAGUGAUAAAAAUUCCAUGACAGAAAAGUAUUCACAACUUACCAACAUGACGUCUGAGUGGUCACGCAAGUGCCUGGAAACUGCGCACUGGGACCUAAGAAAAGCGCUCCUAUCAUUCAUUGAAAUGUACAAAGCUGGCAAAAUUCCAGUAGAAAGAUUCAUAAAAGCAAAAUAAGCUGCAAAAUCUUAAAAAGGGAAAAGCUGUUGACCUCCUUCGAAUACCUGUGUCUGUACAGUACUUGAACCAGCUACUGACAAACGUUACACGCAUUGUGAAUUUGGUAAUUGCUGUAAUUGCAGCAGCAUUAUUCCAGAAAAAGGUGCGCAACUUAGUUUUGUGACUGGUUAGUGCAGGUUUAUCAGCAGGUAGGCAGUGUGCAGAGAGUAGUUAAUCUAAUGUUCAUUGUGUCAAAAGAAAAAUUCAGUCGAAAAAAAUAUUAAAUUAUGAGACAAAAUUACUAGGCAGUCCUUACCGUCAGCACUGCUGAUACACACUAUCCUAACUUUUGGAACUAUCAGUUUCUUUCUCAGAGAUUAAAAGGGCAUAUCUUGGGGAAGGCUAAAAAGGAAGUUCAGAGCACUCUGACCUGAGGAUGAGAAGGAAUGAGCAGGUCAUUGAGGAUGGAUCGUCAGUGCUUGUGGUGAUGUUUAACCAAAUCGCUCUUGACCUAAGUAUGGUAAGGAAUUUUCUGGCAGAGUGUAAAUAAUUUAGGAGUAAAGGAGACAACCUGCCAAACAGUAAAAGCGUUCAGUCGUCAGGCACACAUAAAAGAAUGAAAACCUUGCUAGAUUUUGGACAAAUGCUGAUAGGAAUGGAGUACACACACACACACACACACACACACACACACACACACACACACACA